GGCAAUAGCCCAAGAUGGCAACAGAAACAGGAAGAAUUCUUACCAAAGAAGAAUAAUAUUACAACUGUAAACGGAUAUGUUUUCACAAAAAAGUACACGAGUCACGAUGUAGAGUAUAUCUUAAUAUUUUUGAUGAAUUUCAUGUUGUGGAAAAGAAUGUAAAGCAACAAGAAAGAUAUAUUAUAUUUAUAUGUCAGGCCUACAAUGUCAUGAAAUGAGAGUACCAAUUAGAAAGUAGUUUUAUUUUGAAGACAUUUGUUUCAUUCCUGGCCUCUAUGUAAUGGCUAAAGCUGAACGAUUAAGUUCAGCUUACAAUUCAGUAGAUGAUUUAUCUCUGCCUCGUGGAUCAUCAGCCGCAUCAUUUAGGAAUGAGCUAGAGCAUGUUCAAGAACGUAGAAAUAGUGAUUCUAACCUUAAUAUGAUUAGUCCUCAAUCUUGGUCCACGCUCUCAGUUGAUAAAACUCUCUUUGUAUUGAGAAGUGCAAGAAAAAGUAAUGAAGUUAGUCGUGUACGAGUUGAGUGGGAUAUCAAGGAAGAUGUUGGUGCCCAAGAUUGGAUUGGACUUUUUUACUCUGGUGAAACCAACACAAGCAAAUUUUUGGACUGUAAAACCAGAGGAUCAAGUGGAGGCGCUAGAGGAGCCAUUAUAUGGAAUUUGGAUGCAAUUGAACACUUGUUCUCAGAUUUAAAGACAGUCGUGUGCUUCAAAUACAUCAGUGGCAACAGUGGAGAAGUACUAGCCACAAGUCCUUUGAUAACUGUCAAUCUAUUUAGCAGUGAUUUGCAGAUGACAUCAAAAUUAACCACUAUGAAGGAAACAAAAGUUGGCCAGGGUUUUUAUUCUGUCACCAUAGAAGAUCUGCGAGCCAGCAAUCUUAAAAAAGGGAUGUUUUUCAACCCAGACCCUUACAUUAAGCUUCAGGUUCUUCCCCAUAAUCCGAAAGAUUUAAUUUCACAGCAUCAUUACCAAAAACAUAGAACUUCUGUCAUCUCCAACUCAGCUAGCCCAUCAUGGAACUUAGAAAAAUACAGUCUUACAGUACUUCUGACUGAUUUGUUGGAGAUUGAAGUCAAACACAAAUUUAGUAAAAGUCGUCCAACAAUGUCUAGAUUUCUUGGUCGUGUUACUAUACCAGUGCAGACAAUUGUAGAGAAAAUAAGCUCAGAGCAUAGCCAAGCAAGAUUUAAUUUAGAGUUAAUGAGGAAAAGUCCAUCAGAUAAUGUUAGUGGUACAAUUGAAUUUAAAGUCAGCAUGAAGCUUUUAUUGAACAAUCAGGAUGCAAAUUCACAUAAAGCCAAUAGUGGCUUUCAAAGGCAGGGCUCCCUUCCAAACUCUUUGCCUAAAGGGGAAGAACUUACUGGUCAUACAUCACGUGUUCGUCACAGACAUACAGAUCCUGGCCUGGCAACUUCUGACAGCAGUGGUAUGCCAUCCCCGGGGUCAAACAUAAGUGAGGAGCUGGAUACAUCUCAGCAUAAUAGCUUCAGUGAGAGCUUUUCACCUUCAGAGGCCAGACCAGACAAUCCUGAACCUGGCAUUCAGCAUGGUCUGGCCGAAACUGAUUUUUCAAGGUUGGAUUCUCAGCUGGAUAGUUUUGAUUCCAUGUCUGCUACAUCAUGUGGCGACCUUGCAGAAGGAUGCACUUCAUCUGGUCACUGUAGAAACCCUGAAAGUUUUUCUGAUUCAUUGGUGCAUGGUUCCAAUUUUCAUGUGCAAUCUGGAAGUGAACAAAUGAAAAAUACUUUGUUAUCUUCAAUUGAACCUUUAAGCAGUGGUUGUGACUCAUUUUCCUCAGAGCUAGACAUGACUGUUCAAUCUGCAGGGCUGGCUCCCUCCUUACCGCCUCGAACUUACAGACCUGCACCGCCACCUUUACCUCCAAGAGGUAACACUUCUGCUCCACCUUUACCACCACGCAUCAACAACCCCAAACCAGGUAAGAAAUUGCCAAUUGCUAUCCCAACAGCUAAAAAUCCUGAAACCCCUCCCCCCUUGCCGCCUCGAACUUAUAGCCCAAAUGAAGCUGAAGAUGGAUUAGAGAGUGGUCGGAGAGAGCAGGAGCUGUUUCCUUGGGGCAUUCCAUCUUCACCUGUGUCUCCUAAUUCAUCCUCUGCUCCUCAGCCAAGGCCUUCAACACAUUCGUCUCCUACCUCAGUUUCUUCACACAACCUAGCUGGGGCCAGCUCUCGUCCAAUGCAGUCAGUGCCAAGAUCUGGUCCAGUUCUCGCAACCUCUCACCUGGCCCAUGUCACAUCACAUCCUAGUCAAAAUGCAACCUCAAGGCCUGGCAAAGAUGACCCAGGCUCGAGAGACAGCAUUGCAUUGUCAACAACCAGUGAGCCAGCACCCUUGAGCUCACCACAACCUUCUACAGCUAAUAACAUGAAGAGACGAAGUGUGGAUGGUUUUGUUCAGCUAAAAGCAGCCCAAUCUCGGCCCAUGCUACAACCAAGACAGCUGUCUUCAGAACAGCGACAGCAAAUUAACCAACAGCUUGAGCAGUGGACACGAACUAAAAAACAACACACUGGAGUGGCCAGUGGGAUGAGCCCUGAUGAACAGUUGUCAUCACCCCCAUCUUUCACAGAAUGCCAGGCUCAGGAUAGGCUAACGUCACCCAAAUCUUCUCCCCCGGGAGAAGCCUCCAAUCACAGAGUGACAGAUAGUGUUGACACUCGUGCUAAUGGUAGAACUGGGGCAUCUAACCAGCCACCAGUGCCACCAUCCUUGUCUUAUGGUAGAGACAGGUCUAACGACAGAGGGGUGGCAGGAGAUGGAGGAGAGCCCCCUCGAAAGAGAAACCCUGUGUUACGAGUUGAUGAUCGAGAUGAUGCAUUACCUUCAGGAUGGGAAGCUAGAGUUGAUAGCCAUGGACGAAUUUUUUACAUUGAUCAUGUCAAUAGAACAACAACCUGGCAGCGGCCACAGACUGGCUUUUUAACUGUGCAACGAAGGCCGACACUUAGCUCUGAGCAGAGACAGAAUCUAGACCGCAGAUACCAAAGUAUUAGACGUACAAUGACUCAAAAUAAUCAUGGAGAAACAGGUGCUGGUGAUUCCAAUAAUAUUGAAGAUGUUGGUCCACCUCAACCACCCCAGGUUCUACAUGGUGCUAGCAAUGUUGUGCAUGCCAACACAAAUUUACCCAGUCCACCAGAACCUGUAGAAGUGACAGACAGAAGUGUUUAUAAAUUUCCUGCAGUCAAAUUUCUCACUCGGCCAGAUUUUUUUCCAAUGCUGCAAGUCAAUGAGGCUGCCAUGGUAGAAUACAACAGAACUAAUAAGUUAAAACAUAUGAUAACAAAAAUAAGAAGAGACCCACAGAGUUUUGAAAGAUACCAACAUAACAGGGACUUGGUCACUUUUGUGAAUUUAUUCUCUGACCCAUCUAAAGAGUUACCUCGUCGUUGGGAGAUGAAACAUGAUAAAUCUGGAAAGCCUUUCUUCAUUGAUCAUGUGAUGCGUACAACAACUUUCAUGGAUCCUCGUCUUCCAACUGAUGUUCCUCUCAUUGAUCCUCAUGUUCUUCCACCCCCGCCGCCUCGGCCUCCACCUCCUUCAGCUCCUAUAGCUGCUAUUCCAACAGCGUACAAUGAAAAGGUUGUGUUAUUUCUGCGUCAAGCCCGUAUUGAUGAGAUACUCCGUGAUAAAAGUCCACAGUAUGCCUCUAGUUCCAGCCUGCGUGAAAAAGUCACAAAGAUAGCAUCACGUGGAGUAGACAUGCUGGAGAGGUUCUCCAAUGAUAUAGAAUUGACAAUUUUACUUAGUCUUUUUGAAAAUGAAAUCAUGAGUUAUGUGCCCAACUCUAUCAGGACUGACCCGACCUCACCUCAAGGUUCUCCAGUUCCUCGCGGACCCAGUAGAGUACCAGCUCUUUAUAAACGAGACUUUCAAGCCAAGUUGAGAAAUUUCUAUCGCAAGUUAGAGUCAAAAGGUCAUGGUCAAGGCCCAGGAAAGUUAAAACUAACGGUCAGAAGAGACCAUGUAUUAGAAGAUGCUUUCAACAAAAUCAUGUCCACUCCUAAAAAAGAGCUUCAGAAAAAUAAAUUGUACAUCACUUUUGCAGGGGAAGAAGGCCUUGACUAUGGUGGACCAUCUCGUGAAUUUUUCUUCUUAUUAUCUCGAGAACUAUUCAAUCCUUACUAUGGUCUAUUUGAAUAUUCUGCCAAUGAUACAUACACUGUUCAGAUAAGCCCACUGUCAACUUUUGUGGAGAAUGCCCAUGAAUGGUUUCGUUUCUCUGGGCGUGUUUUGGGCCUUGCACUUGUUCACCAGUAUUUAUUGGAUGCCUUUUUCACUCGACCUUUUUACAAAGCCCUUCUCAGAGUUCCUUUGUCAUUGGAAGAUGUAGAGUCCUUAGACAUGGAAUUUCACCAGAGUUUAUUGUGGAUCAAAGACAAUGAUAUCAGUGAAGUGGAACUGGAUUUAACUUUUUCUGUUAGUGAAGAAGUUUUUGGACAGGUAACUGAACGUGAGCUGAAACCAAAUGGAAAGAAUAUAGGAGUGACAGAAAGAAAUAAGAAAGAGUACAUUGAGAAGUUAGUCAAGUGGAGGCUGGAGCGUGGAGUUACUGAACAAACUGAGAGUUUAAUUCGUGGCUUUCAUGAGGUUUUGGAUGGUCGCCUUGUCUCAGUUUUUGAUGCACGAGAAUUAGAACUUGUAAUUGCUGGCACUGUUGAGAUAGAUAUUGCUGACUGGAGAAAGAAUACUGAAUACAGAUCAGGUUACCAUGACUUACAUCAAGUCAUACAGUGGUUCUGGGAAGCUAUAGAGAAAUUUGACAAUGAGCGCCAGUUAAGGCUUUUGCAGUUUGUGACUGGUUCAUCGAGUAUACCUUAUGAAGGAUUCUCAGCUCUCAGAGGAAGUAAUGGCCCACGCAAGUUUUGUAUAGAGAAAUGGGGGAAAAUCACUAGUCUGCCUAGAGCUCAUACGUGCUUCAAUAGACUUGAUCUGCCACCCUACACAUCCUUUGAAAUGUUAUUUGAGAAACUAGUUAUGGCUGUUGAAGAAACAAGUACCUUUGGAAUUGACUAAAUCACUUAUUAUACAGACUUACUGGCCUUGGUUGAUUCCUUCUUAGAUGCAAAAAUGUCCUAAUGCAUAUCAGACUGUUCUAGGAUAAAAUGUGCCAUUCAUCUAUAUUUUUUUUAAUAUUGUCUUUGUCACUAUGAGGUUUUCGCAUACCUUUUUGGCACUGGAUAUUUUGGCAGUACCUUUUUUGGCACUGGACAUUUUGGCAGCACUUUUUUGAUGUUCAUUUGUCAAAAAUGGACAAAAAGAAAUCCAAAAAAAUGUUUUGAAAAUGUUUUUACAUUUUAGUGAGCUAACAAAAUAAAAACUUUUGCUCUGAUAUUAUUUUGUCCACAUUUGUAAGAGGAUAUGUAAAUAACUUUUAACUUCUGGGUCAAGAAUCUAGGGUCACAUCCCCUUAUUGGACACAUUGAAUUGUUUGGCAAGGAGUGUUGCGGAGGCUAAAAUUACAGGCCCUCAUACCAUGUAAGCUAAUUUAUAUAGACAACGAAUUGAAAAAAAAAAAUUGCAUUACAAGCCAGCAUAAAGUAAAGUUCCCCUUUUAGACUUUGUGAUCUAUAGGGUAGAUGAUGUAAAUGUCAUCUUUUUCAAUGGCCCACGGUUACAUUUUUUUGUCUGUAAAAACAAGGAAAACAGAACCAUACUAUACUAUUCAAUUAUUAGCAAACAAUCAACAAAAUUUAUAAUAGUGCCACCAAAUGUCCUGACUUUCUUGUGUUAUAUGUCAGGUGCCAUCAAUGGUAUGCAAGUCUAAAAUGGAAAUGUUUUAUUUUGAAACUGUAAUGACAUAAUACAGCUUUCAUGAUCAGCUUAUGAUACCUGUUAUGGAUUUCAACAGCUGAUGACUUUUCACAAAUCACAUACAAUGUAGAUGGUGUGAUUGGUAUGACAUUCUGACAUAGUACAGCUGUUGUAAUCCAUGCAAGAUUAUAUUUGUAUUUAUAUCUUCAACUCUUUUUGUGCUUCAUUGAACAACUACUUUGCCUCAUCAAUUUUGAAGUCAUUUAGUUUCAAUGGGAACAAUUCUCAACUUUGGCUUUGUUGCUAAAAAAAAAAUAUACUAAUCAUCAUUGUGUUAAGUGAAACUAAUUAUUUCUCUAUUAAGUUGAAUAUCUUCGCAGUAUUUGCAUUUUUGUGAUAUAAUUUGGCAUUUUGUGGGUUUUGGGCUUUGUAGGGAGGUGGCUUAUUGUUUUCAAAACAAGACUAGACCACUUUAAAGCAUGCAAAGUUAGUGUAUAUCUAAAAAUGAUUUCUUUCAAAUAACAAUACUGAACAUUAAAAUGGAGGGUUUCAACAGUUUUACACUUCUCAUUAUUUCUGUCACUUUGACAUACAUUUUGUUUCUAUAAUCUUCAAAUCCUCAGUUCAGAUUUUCAUAAUCAGUGAUUUGGGACAUUUUGUUUGAGCCCUUCAUUUUAGAGAAUCAGUUGUUUUUUUUAUUUUAUUUGGUAACUAAGCAAUUUAGAACUAAAAUUUUUAAAAAGUUUGAUUAAAAAAUAUCUUUUUAGUAAUCAUACUUUGACAAUUUUGAGGAAUAGUAACUUGGUUUUAUUAUUACCUGUUCACUCAGUCUGUAAGUCAGUUUAAUAUUUAACCUAGUUGAAAUGAAAUAUAUGCAAAAAAUAAGAAAGAUAUAUAGAGUAGUAGGUUAUUUAUCUUGUCUUAUGUAGAUUUGGCAAAGUUUCUGUAUUGAUAACUGUAUACACCUAGAUCAGACACAUUGUUAUACAAUGUUAUUGAAGGAACAUUUAUGUUAUUUUUAACUAUACAAAAAAAUGCUUUGUAUUGAGAUUGCUAUUGAGAAAUUCUAAUCUGUAUUAUGAUUUUAAUUAAAUAUUAAAAACAAUCUAUAUCUUUAGAUAAACAUUGUUUACUAGAGCUGUUUAUUUGUGAAGAAAAUCAACUUUUGAUUGGUUUCCUCUUAAAUGUGUGCUUUACACUUACAACCAAUUUGUAAUUUCUUAUUUAUUUAUAAUUGUUAGUUGUUUGUCUAUUUUGGUCUUACUGAAAAUGAUAUGUUUCAUUUGAUUUUUUAUUUUAUUUAUGAUAGUGUUUAAAAAAUAUUUAAUAGAAAAUAAGUUGUUUUUUUUUUUAACAUUCCAUUCAUUUCAUUUUUUGUGUGGUCUAAGUGCAGCGCUCAAUCUAAUAAUUAUUUCCAUCUUUUUUUGUUUACACCAUUUGACCAUGCAUAAAAGGAUAUAUUUUAUCUAUAACAAUUUAACUAGUAUUAGGAAGAAAUUUAUUCUAUCAGUGUCUGUGUUCUUUGUUACUCCAAGUACUAAAUGUUAAGAAAAAGUUGUAAUAUGUUUAAAAAUUUAUUUGUAAUGCAAUAGUUUGUCUCACUUAGAAUAUUGUUGUUGUGUGUCAUUUUUCAAGACUUGGGUGAUAGUUCAUUUGUCUUGUCAUGAGUGACUAUUUCUGUCAUUUGAAACACUUUGUUCAGUAGUUGGUUAUUAUUCUUUUUGAUAAAUUUUGAUGAGUACAUUUCUCACAAGGUACUUAAAAAUAUUUGUAUAUAAGAAAUGAAUGGUCAAUUGCAAAAGUAGGGAUAUCAAAAUAGCCUUACAUUAAGUAAUAUAAAUACACCAAACAUUCAUUUUUGGGGAUGAAAAAUUGAUUGUACAUUUCAGGUAACUUCAUAGGAAAAAAAAAUUUAAAUAUGAGCUUAGGAAUUGACAUAUAACCUUUCCCCCCAAAAAAAUAGUGUAUAUGUAUUGGCAAUAUAUUGUGAUUGCGGUCAAUAUUAAUUAGUUGUUAUAUUAAAAGCAUAACUAAAUGACAAAUAAUAAAUGCACUGACUGAGUUAAAUGUUGUAACAAAGUCAGUAUUGAGGUCUUUCUCUGGUCACAAUCAAUGCAUGAGUAUUUGCAGCAAAAUUAUUUUGGAUCUUAGAUAUUUGCAGCUUCAAAUGACAUGUUCUGAGCUAUUUAUAUGACUUGUAUAUAAAUUGUACAUAUUUAUACAAUGUACAUUAACACAAAAAUUAUACUAAUAUACAUACAUCAACAUGUACAUAAUAUGUGACUUUCUUGUCUGAAUAUUUCAUGCUCACAGUAAAUAAGUUUAAGUUGUAAGGCUUGUUACAAACUAUAAUAGUACUGUUCAGACACAAUAUUGGUCAAUACAUAAUCAUCAUGAAUUGCAAGUUUUUUGUUUGUUUUGCUUUUUUUGUAGAAAAACAUUUAUUCUACUGAAAAAAAUUGUAAUAUCAUUUGUAAAUAUCAUAGUUUCAUUUUAAAUUGUAAGAAAACUAAACUACUAACUAACAAAAGUUGUAGAGUUUGUAACAAAAUUGUAUGUUCACAGUUUGUCAAACACUUGAGGCUUCAGAGUGUCUGCUAAUCAAGCUGGAGUAACUCAACAUUGACACUGACUUUAAGAGGGUACACAGUUUUUGUUUCAUCUGUAUUCACAGUUGAUGUUUUGUGAAAGUAUUUGUUUUUCUUUUGUUUUGUCAUGUAAAUGCAUUUAUGGAAAAUUUUCAAUACAAUAAAAUGUGAUAACAUGACCCUGUACGAACUGGCGCUUAGUAUUCUUUAUGUCUUUGUAUUUUGUAACUUAAGUUAAUAAAGUUUUGAAGUGCU